AUUCAUGACGUCAUACACACGAAUUUUUGAUUUUUACCGGUACGAGGAGUCCCAGAGUUGAAGGAGCGCUGUCAAUAUGUCAAGUCUUGGGAAUAAGAUAGAUGAUGUGGAUCUGACUACAACUGGACUAAGGGAGAUAGGAUCCCAAGCUGUUUGGUCCCUCUCAUCAUGCAAGCCAGGAUUUGGAGUUGAUCAGCUCAGAGACAACUCAACCGAUACCUACUGGCAAUCAGAUGGAAUACAACCACACCUUGUCAACAUCCAGUUCCGUCGCAAAACAACUGUCCACAGCGUCGCCCUCUACGCAGACUUCAAAUCAGAUGAGAGCUACACACCAAACAAGAUCUCUGUCCGCGCUGGAAACAACUUCCAUGACCUCCAGGAAGUAGAGUUGCUUGAACUCGGUGAGCCGAGUGGUUGGAUCUCGAUCCGGCUGGCAGACUCGGACGGGAAACCCAUCAGGACAUUCAUGAUACAGAUCGCUGCCUUGUCGAACCAUCAGAAUGGCAGGGACACUCAUAUGAGGCAGAUCAGGGUGUAUGCUCCAAUGCAGAACACCACCAGGAACAACAGGCUGCCAUCUUUCUCAGGAGUAGACUGUUCUAUGUAUAGCACCAUCAGAUAAUGAAGAGCAUGGAGAGAAUCCAAUGAAGACUCAAGAAAACUGAAGAUCGUUCAUGAGACGAAUUGUGAUGGUGAUAAUCUCAACUAGAGAGUGAAAUCAGUGGAUGAAAGAUGAAUAUGCAACACUUUCAAAGCACAGGAUGGGUGAGCAGUUUGAACACAUGACAUUUGGCUACAGCCCAUGACUCCUAACAGCCUACUAGACUGAAAGGUCAUGAGACAGACAGGGAAAAUGAAAAGUGUGAACAUCACGUGAGAUUAUAACGAUAAGUGACUGAUGGUGAUAAUAACGACAUGUAGGGACAUUCAUGAUUCAAACUGCUCUUAUGGUGAUGUAUA